AUGGCGACCGGAGCAGUGCAACAUUCGCCUAAUGAGGCGCCAGGCAACAUGGUCUUUCCUAAGCUAAACGGCGAUUUGCACCAGAGAGAGAAGCAAUUUGUUGAGUCACUCCGCUCUUCUCCGCGAUCCUCGAACCCAUUCCUUGUCACCGAGCGCCAGGACGAGAAGCAACUUUGCAUUUCGUCAAGGAGUCUCCAUGUGAACGACUUUGUGCUUGUCAAGACCCUUGGAACCGGCACUUUUGCUCGUGUGUGGCUCGCAAGACUAAAGGACCAGAAAGACAAGAGCCAAGUAUAUGCGCUGAAAAUUCUUCGAAAGGCCGACGUGAUCAAACUCAAGCAAGUGGAACAUGUGCGCAACGAACGGAAAGCUCUUGCGGCGGUCAUCGACCAUCCUUUCAUCACAACCCUUAUCGCGUCGUUUUCGGAUGACAAGUGCCUCUAUAUGCUGCUGGACUAUUGUCCCGGUGGUGAAAUAUUCACGUAUCUACGACGACAACGACGAUUCAGCGAAGAAGCCUCGAGGUUUUAUGCCGCUGAAAUAACAAUGACAAUCGAAUUCCUGCACGACAUCCACGGUGUUGCCUACCGGGACCUCAAACCGGAAAAUAUUCUGUUGGAUGCCGAUGGCCACAUCAAACUCGUUGACUUUGGGUUUGCGAAGCAAGUUGACAACCGCGAGACAUACACAUUGUGUGGCACACCGGAAUACCUGGCCCCUGAGGUCAUCCAAAACAGUGGCCAUGGACUUGCUGUGGACUGGUGGGCUCUUGGAAUUCUGAUCUACGAAUUCUUGGUCGGACAGCCUCCUUUCUGGGACCAGAACCCGAUGCGCAUUUACGAACAGAUUAUUGAAGGUCGCGUGCGUUUCCCAUCGAAUAUGCCACCCGCAGCACAAAAUAUCGUCUCCCUACUCUGCAAGACAAACCCAUCGGAGCGACUCGGCCACAUCUCGGGUGGCUCGACCCGAGUCAAGUCCCAUCCGUUCUUCCAGAAUGUGAUUUGGGAUGACUUGUUUUAUCGUCGAGUAAAAGGCCCCAUCAUCCCCCGCCUAUCACACCCUGCAGAUACCGGUAACUUUGAGGAAUAUCCGGAUCCUCCCGACAUCAGAAACACCAACAUCUACACCGAGGACCUGAAGAAGAAGUAUGAGGCGUUAUUCAGUGAUUUCUGA